CUUUGUUUCUGAAAUCUGAAGCUUUGGUAAUGGAUCAUGGAGCAUCUUUCAAAAAAUUGUAGUACAAUUUUGUCAGUUUUUUUUGUGCUCACAACUCUGUUUGGCCUAACUUUUUCGGCACCAGAUUUCACACAGUUUUUCUGUUCAAAUAACAUAGGCAAUUACACAAAGAACAGCAAAUACCAGGCCAAUUUGAACACCCUUCUUUCAUCCCUUUCUACUAAUGUCAGUCCCGAUGGAUUCUACAAUUCCUCGGUCGGCGAAGAUCCUGACAGAACAUAUGCACUUGUGCUCUGCAGAGGAGAUGCUAGUUUCCAAGAUUGUGAAACCUGUGUUAAUGAUUCUACUAAUAUGAUCCUACAAUUGUGUCCCAAUCAAAAGGAGGCAAUUGGAUGGUAUACUAUUUGCAUGAUAAGGUACUCAAACAAGAACUUUUUUGGUAACAUGAGUACUAGACCGAAUUUCAAUCUUCAGAGCUCAGUGGUUCCUCCAAACCUGAGUAUAUUCAAUCAGGACCUGAGUAAUUUGACAAACAGCCUUAGAGAUCAAACGGUUGGAGGUUUUUCACUCAAGUUUGCUGCAGGGACAAGAAAGAGUGAUAGCAAUAUCACCAUCUAUGCAUUGAUGCAAUGCACACCUGACAUAGAUGGUGGAGAUUGCAAUCUUUGCCUUGGAUGGGCUUUACAGGUUCUGUCACAAUGCUGUUAUGGUACAGAGGGGGCCAGGGUCGUUGGGCCAAGCUGUAGUUUUUGGUAUGAGGUAUUCCCCUUCUACAAUGAACGGGUGAUUCUUUCAAGGCCACCGCCACCGCCAUCAUUGCCGCCCUCCCUAGUACCACCUCCACCCAAACCAGCCACAAAAGGAAAGCAUGGCAACAGCACAACCCUUAUUAUCAUUGGUGUUGUAGGUGGAAUAGCUCUGGGACUACUCAGUUUUUGCAUUUUCUCCUUCAGAAGAAAAUGGCGAAGCAGAAGGAAAGGAGAGAAAUUUCAGGGUUUGGAAGAAGGUGACGGGGUAAAAGCAAUGCAGUAUGAUUUUGGCGUAAUUAGUGCAGCAACAAAUAACUUUUCAAGUACUAACUUGCUGGGGAAAGGAGGAUUUGGUGCUGUUUACAAGGGUACUCUCUCAGAUGGAAAGGAGAUUGCUGUAAAAAGACUGUCCAAGGGAUCAGGACAAGGUGACCAAGAAUUCAGGAAUGAGGUCUUGUUAGUGGCAAAGCUCCAACACAAAAGUUUAGUUAGAUUGUUGGGUUUCAGCCUGAAAAAGGAAGAAAGACUGCUGGUCUAUGAAUUCAUGUCAAAUGGGAGCCUUGACAAAUUCCUCUUUGAUUCAGCAAAGAGGUCAUUGUUGGAUUGGGAUCAACGCUACAAAAUCAUAGAGAGUGUUGCUAAGGGACUUCUUUAUCUCCAUGAAGAUUCACGACUAAAGAUUAUUCAUCGUGACCUAAAAGCCAGUAACAUUCUCUUGGAUGAAGACAUGAAUGCCAAAAUUUCAGAUUUUGGUAUGGCCAAGUUGUUCCAGCUCCAUGAGAGUGUAGCCGAAACCAAUAGAGUUGUGGGGACCUAUGGGUAUAUGGCACCGGAGUAUGCACUGCAAGGCAUAUGUUCAGACAAGGCAGAUGUCUUCAGCUAUGGAGUGCUGGUUUUGGAAAUCAUAAGUGGUCAAAAGAACCGUUAUGUCCAACAAGGCCAGAAUGUGGAGGACCUUCUCAGCAUUGUUUGGAAAAACUGGAUUAAAGGAACAGCUUCAAAUAUAAUAGAUUCAACUCUCAAGGCUGGCUCAGCUCCGAUAGAAGCUAUAGUGAGGUGCAUACACAUUGGCUUGUUGUGUGUUCAAGAUGGUGUAGCUAGUAGACCAACCAUGGCUUCAGUUGUGUUCAUGCUCCAUAGCUUAUCUACUAGUCUGCCAAUGCCUUCUGAGCCUGCAUAUUUUUCACGUAGCACCCAGCAUUGCUUCAAACAAUCAGCCUCAGCAGUCUUUUACAUGCUUACAAACCUUGUUUUCCUAUCUGUUUCACAACCAAGCUUCACAGCUUUCUUCUGUUCAAAUGGAGUAGGCAACUACACGCAGAACAGCACAUACCAGGCUAAUCUCAACUCUCUUCUUUCCUCCCUUUCAUACAACAUCAACCCGUAUGGAUUCUACAAUUCCUCUUUUGGCCAAGGUCUCGAUAGAGUUAAUGCAAUCGUGCUAUGUAGAGGCGAUGUUGAUCAGGAAAAUUGUCGUGUUUGUGUACAAAACUCUGCUGGAAAGCUCACACAGGUCUGUCCUAAUCAAAAGGAGGCAGUUGGUUGGUAUGAUCUAUGCAUGUUAAGAUAUUCGAAUAAGUCGAUUUUUGGAGUUAUGUCUAAUCUUCCACCUUUCGCUCUUCAGAACCCAUUGAAUUCUACAAAUCCCAAUCUGUUUAGUCAGGAGGUUAGCAAUUUAGCAACUAGCUUAGAAAACAGAAUCUUUUCAGGGAAUCCAGACUGGAAAUUUGCUCUAGGGAAAAGCAAUAACAGCAAUGUUGAGACCAUAUAUGCUUUGAUGCAGUGCACACCUGAUAUAGAUCCAGGAACUUGUAAUUUUUGCCUUAGGUUGACUUCAAAUAUGAUGUCUCAGUGCUGUUCUUGGAGACAAGGGGCAAGAGUUGUUGGUCCAAGUUGUAGUUUCUGGUAUGAGUUGUUCCCCUUUUAUAAUGAGAGUGCCAUUCCAUCACCACCAGGUCCACCGCCAUCCCCACAAGGAAAGAAAGGUAACAAGACAUGGAUUGUCAUCGUUUGUGUCAUCAUUGCAGUGGUACUUGUAAUACUUACUGUUUGCAUUUUCAUCUUCACAAGAAAAUGGCAAAAGAGGAAGAAAGCAACGAAGCUUGAAGAAAUUGAUGGGGCAGAAACGGUACAGUACGACUUUAGCACAAUUAGAGCAGCAACAAAUAAUUUUUCUGCUAAUGACUUGCUGGGAAAAGGAGGAUUUGGUGCUGUUUACAAGGGAACUCUUUCGGAUGGACAAAUGAUAGCUGCAAAAAGAUUGUCUAAGGAGUCAGGACAAGGUGAACAAGAAUUUAGGAAUGAAGUCUUGCUGGUGGCAAAGCUCCAACACAAAAGUCUGGUUAGAUUGUUGGGUUUUUGUCUGGAAAAAACAGAAAGACUGUUGAUUUAUGAAUUCCUGUCAAAUGGGAGCCUUGACAAACUCCUUUUUGAUCCUCUGAAGAGCUCAGAACUGGACUGGGAUCGGCGCUACAGAAUCGUAGAGAGUGUUGCAAAGGGACUUCUUUAUCUGCAUGAAGAUUCUCGAUUGAAGAUUAUUCAUCGUGAUCUAAAGGCUAGUAAUAUUCUCUUAGAUGAAGAUAUGAAUGCUAAAAUCUCAGAUUUUGGCAUGGCCAGGUUGUUCCAUGCAGACGAGAGUGUAGCCAACACCAAUAGAAUUGCAGGGACCUAUGGAUACAUGGCACCAGAGUAUGCAUUGCAUGGACUAUUUUCAAUCAAAUCUGAUGUCUUCAGCUAUGGAGUGUUAGUUCUCGAAAUAAUAAGUGGGCAGAAGAACUCCUAUUUCCGGGAUGGCCAAACUGUGGAGGACCUUCUAAGUUUUGCUUGGAAAAACUGGCUUGGAGGAACAGCUUUGAAGAUAAUUGAUCCCACUGUCACGGCUAGUUCAGGUUCAAUACAGAACAUAAUCAGAUGCAUCCACAUCGGGUUGUUAUGCGUUCAAGAUGAUAUAACUAAGAGACCAACUAGUGCUUCAGUUGUUCUCAUGCUCCAGAGCUUUUCCGUCAGUCUUCCAAAGCCUUCUGAGCCUGCUUUUUUUGCACACAGUCGCAGCAUUGGUUCAGACAAGUCUGAUACACCAUUGUUAUCUGAAGAUUCUAAAACUAUAAGUACUGCAAGUCCAUCACAACCUGCAGUUGCUAGUCAGUCUGUCAAUGAAGCAUCAAUCAGUGAUUUAGACCCUCGAUGA